CUUUUUUUUCAUGUCACCUUCACCAGCCAUACCCCAUAUCAAUGAGUCCAAAAUGAAGUUGUAUGAGAUGUUUGCUCAAAAACAAGUGACUCCUCCACCUAAUUUGACUCAUCCUGCUGCUUCAACAAGUGCUUUAUUAGGAAAUCAUAACAAUUCAAGUAUGUAACACUUUUUCUAUCCAACAAUAAUAAACAAGAGAGUGAAUAGACUUGUUUAGUUAUCCUAGCUUCCAGUCUCCCGACUUGUUUACCAGCAAAGUAGAGCAAAUGCUGAUUGAACUCGAUCGUCUGUUACGACAAUCGGGUAAUUUGCCUUUCACUCUACUUCCUCCUCACCAUGAUAUUAUACUGGUUAUGCGACAAAUACCUUUACUGAUCAACCAAAGUGCACAACCUACUCUUUUAAAAUCAAUUGUUGAGAAAAUAGUGCAUCAAUUGUAUCUCUCAAAGACAAGUUUAUCUGUGGAAGUGUAUUGUCGAUUCUUACAGAGUCUAUUGGAACUUUCGCCUAGUAUUUCCAAAGAAACAUUGAGCUGGUUUCUGUAUUCUGAGGAUGAGAGAAAGAAUGAUGUGUGGAUCAUGACUUCACUGAUAAAAUAUGGGCUGAUUCCAUUAGAAGAAUACGAUAUCAAACUAUCACAUCAGUUAAAUCAACAACCUACAGACAAUGGACUAAUUGAAUUCAUUACUGAAUUACUUCAAAACUGUCUAUUGACCAUGCAGCCCAUUACUUCUAUAGAAGAGCAUGUUUUGGUGAUUCACGCAUUACAGAAACUAGACUCGCCCAAGGCAAAAGAACUGAUACAAGACUUGGAAAAAAAGUCAAAUGAAGCACAUCGACAUUUGGACCAAACUAAUGCAUUUCUGUUUCGAUUUUUAUUUGCAGAAUGGACUCGUGUCUGUCGACUACAUCCUGCAAAUCCUGCCUUUUAUCGACAAUUUUCAGAGAGAAUACUCAAGACAAUUACUUAUGAUACAGACAAACAAUGCUUUUUCUUUAGAUUGUGUACAGAAGCCUGUGUUGAACUAUAUCGACCUGCUCGUUCUCAAUCCAUGGAUGCUUACUCAAAAUUGAUUGGACUUAUGGUUCAAGCUCAAGAAGGCUACAGCGCUAAACUCAAGAUGAUAUCACAGGUCUUUUCUGUGGUUGUGUUGGUAUUAGCACAUCAUUAUGAAUAUCAACAUGUACAGUUCAAUCAAAAACCCUUUUUAAAACUACUUUGUUCUCUCUUUGUUGAAUUAAAUCAUACAACCAGUAAAGACAGAGAUGUCAAUGCAAGUCUAGUCAUUGUCUAUAGUGAUACACUCUAUACACUUGAACCACUUCAAUUUCCUGGUUUUGCUUUCUCUUGGCUACAACUCUUUUCACAUCGCUUGUUUUUACCUCUUUUGUUAUCUUCUGAAGAAGGCCCUCAACAAACAGGACACACCAUUUGCUUUAAACUCAUGUCUGCUCACCUUAGUUUCCUAAGUCAACUGGUUCAACAGCGUCAAUCAAGACGCCUAAGUCAAUCUGAAAAAUCAUUUUAUCAAGGAACACUGCGGUUUCUUGUGGUGAUGUUGCAUGAUUAUCCUGAAUUCCUCUGCCAACACUACCAUGGGUUGAUUCAGCUCUUGCCUGUAGACUGUAUCCAGUUACGAAACCUCAUGCUCAGUUCUUUUCCUCGUACAAUGAUCUUGCCUAACCCAUUUACUACACCUUUGGGCUAUAUGGCUACACAUUCAUCACCCCCUGAACUGUAUACGGAUGCCAGUUAUUAUUCAAUCAACACAUUUGACUUCAAUUUAGAUUGUUUAGACGACUAUCUGUCUGGUUCAACUACACAGCUGAUGGGAUCAUCCAUCUUACAGCAUUUGACUCACCAAGGUACACUUGACCCAGUCUAUACACAACAAUUCGUGUUCUAUGUGGGCACACAAGCCAAAUUAGACAUCACACGCUCUCUCUCUGAAAACCCUGCUGUGCAGAUCUACAAGUAUCUCUUGAGUCAAUUGACAGACAGCAAAGACAAAUAUACAGUGUUGAAUGCCAUUGUGGACCAUUUACGCUAUCCAAACAGCCAUACGUAUUUCUUUAGUAUGGCAUUGAUGCACUUGUUUUCUACACAGUCAGACAUCGUCAAGGAAUUGAUCACCCGUGUCUUGCUGGAACGCUUGAUUGUGAAUAGACCUCAUCCAUGGGGUUUACUGACAACAUUUAUUCAGUUGAUCAAAGAGCCUUUGUUUACAGAACAUGCCUUUAUCAAGGAAUCCAUGCAUCGCUCACCCGACAUUAAACGAUUAUUUGAUAAUGUACUCAAGUCAACACAACCAAUGCCAUGAAUUUUAUUUUCGUCUCACAAUAAAAAGAUAAAGGCUUUGUUUUAGAUAAAAUGCUUGUUUAGGGUGGUCUUGUACUUGGGUAAAUACAAACUUCUUUUUAGCCAUCUGAAAGAAUCGUUUAUCCGCCUUGCGUCUUUUACGGUAAGCCAAGUAAAUAAUGGUGUCUGGCUUGGUUGUCAGUGCUAAAAGGGUUUCAAAUAAGGGUAUA